AGAGAUUAACUAAAAGGAUAAACAAAAGAGACAAACUCAUCUGUCUGUCCAAAAGAAAGACACAAACUCAUCUAGAUUCUCUAACCGGAAACACAACAUGGAUUCAUCGACGUUUCUCGCCGCCGCAAGCUUAGACCAGGUAAACCCAUCUCCUAUUUCGAGAAAGCCAUCAAAGCAAAAGAAGAAGACGGCUUCAGCAAACAAAGCCAUCAAAGUGCGUUACAUAUCAAACCCCAUGAAAGUCAAAACCUGUGCUUCCAAGUUUAGAGAGCUCGUACAAGAGCUCACUGGCCAAGACGCCGUCGAUCAACCGGAGCCCGUGUUCUCCCCCUCCACCGUCUCCGACCUCAGCCCUUCUCCUCCCCUGUCGGAAAAUCUUGCGCCACGUGUUCUUCAGCAGGAGCCGUUCGAUGAUCGGGUGGGUCAUGAGUACUAUGAGCCGUUGGAUGGUGAAGAUAUGUUUUUGCCUCAGAUGUCGGCAGGUUUUUCUGGGUUUUUUUCUAAUGGGUUUUACAAUGUGAAUGACUUUGGAAGAAUCGAUUCUGUGUGAAGAUCUUCCGAGUUUUUAGGGUUUUCAUCAAAGUAUAUAUAAAAAAAUUAUGAAAUCCAUA